GCCAGUUUCCCUGCUGAGCCACGAACCUGCACAUAAAAUAGCUCCCAAUUAAAUGCUUUAUUUCCAUAAAAAACCUACUAUUUUGGUGAUAGUUAGAGACUCUGAAGCCUUAAAAUAUAACAGGAAAAUAAGGUUGAAAAACAAAUGUACUGCAGACACCUUCCUAAAAUACAUGUUUGUAAAACUGGGGAGGUUUAUUAAUGACUAUAACCGUGAUGCAAAAUAAGGCGCUGCUCCAUGCCCUGUGAGGAUGAGCAGACUACAGGGACAAGAUCCAGGGCUGAUCCUGUGGAGCCUGGGGGAGCUGGAAAGGGUCUAGAGCACCAGGAGGGGCUGAGGGAGCUGGGAAAGGGCUCAGCCUGGAGAAAAGGGGGAUCAGGGGGGACCUUGUGGCUCUGCACAGCUCCUGACAGGAGGGGACAGCCGGGGGGGGUUGGGCUCUGCUCCCAGGGAACAGGGACAGGAGCAAAGGGAACGGCCUCAGGCUGGGCCAGGAGAGGCUCAAGGUGGACAUCAGCAGGAAUUUCCUCAUGGAAAGGGUUAAACUUUGGCAGGACCAGCCCAGGGAGGUUUGGAGUGCCCAUCCCUGGAGGUGCCCCAAGAACAACUGGACGUGGCACUCAGUGCUCUGGGCUGGGGACGAGGUGGGGAUCCGUCACAGCUUGGACUCGAUGCUGCAGGAUUUUUACAACCUCUGGGAUUGUGCGACUGCUCCCGAGGGCCCCCGGCGAACACGGACAAGGCCCCCUGACUCCCACACAACAUGGCGGGCACGGCCCCUCAGGUGUCCUGCCACUCAAACCCAGCGAGCCAAUCAGAGUCCGCGGCUGCCGCGGAAGGGGCGGGCUUUCCCGGUUGGCGCGCGCGUGCGGUUACGGCCGCGGAGGGAUCUGGGGCGCGCGGCGGUGCUGUGGCCGUUCCCAGAAGUGACGCAACCGCUGGGGCUGUCCCGGGGUCCGCGUCCCGCGUGGCUGCGACAGCUGUGGGGGAGAUGUCGCGACAUGCGGGUCCUGCCGGGAGCGCUGAGACACUGCUGGCGCCGCCAGGGCGGCCUUUGGGAGCGCGGUGUCCGGGGACAGCGGCGGGUGCGGCGUUCGCGGCCGCUGUGCUCUUCCGCGCGUCUCGCCAUGUGGAAAUGUUUCCUCGUUUGUGAAUUUAUUACCUACAACGGCUAAAACUGCUAGAGUUGGCUCAUUUUUGUUUUGUUUUUCCUGAAUAAAUGAAGCUGGAGGUAACCUUCCGGUGGACGUUUCCAGUCUGGAGAGGCGCAGCCCACCUUUUGCCAAUACUAACCCACACUCACUCUAUUUUUAUUUAAAUUGGCGGAUCUUUUUCCCUACGUGACAUAUUCUGAGCGCCAAAACCUCUAAGAGAGAGCUUGAAUCCAGGACCCGAGCCCUGGUUAACCACCUAUGCGCUAUUUCUAUAUUUUUAUGUCUAUUCUGUAUCACAUCUCCGCCCACGGCAGGGGUUGGACUGAAUUGACCCUGGAAGAGCCUUUCCAGCCGCAACUCCUGCGGCGAUUCUGUGGUUAUCCGGCUUUAUCCAGCACCAUUCCCGCUCCCUCCGUUACUGUGCACUGGUUUCACCGGAUCCCUGUCCCGUUCCCCUGUCUGCGGUUCCCGUUCCCGGUUCCCGUUCCCAGUCCCGGGGCGUGUCCCGCGGACUCUUUUUUCCCGCCGCCCCCCGCGCGCACGCGGCGCUGGCGCGUGCGUCACGCGCGGGACCGCGCAGUCGGCGCGCGGCCGCUGCCGGGAGCGGACCCGGACCCAGCGCCCGCUCCGCCGCCAUGGCCGCCGCGCACCCGGGCCCCGCCGCGCCCGCCGCGCCCGCCCCGCCGCCUCCUCCCGCCGCUCCGGGCAUCCUCAUCGGCGACCGGCUCUACUCCGAGGUGUCUCUGACCAUCGACCACUCGCUGAUCCCCGAGGAGCGGCUCUCGCCCACCCCCUCCAUGCAGGACGGGCUGGACCUGCAGUGCGAGACCGACCUGCGCAUCCUGGGCUGCGAGCUCAUCCAGGCGGCCGGCAUCCUGCUGCGGCUGCCGCAGGUGGCCAUGGCGACGGGGCAGGUGCUGUUCCAUCGGUUCUUCUAUUCCAAGUCCUUCGUCAAGCACAGCUUCGAGAUUGUUGCUAUGGCCUGCAUCAAUCUCGCGUCCAAAAUCGAAGAGGCGCCUCGUCGGAUAAGGGACGUGAUCAACGUGUUCCAUCACUUGCGGCAGUUAAGAGCAAAAAGGACUCCAAGCCCACUGAUACUUGAUCAGAACUACAUAAACACCAAAAAUCAAGUAAUCAAAGCAGAAAGGAGGGUACUGAAGGAGUUGGGAUUUUGUGUUCAUGUCAAGCAUCCUCAUAAGAUCAUUGUUAUGUAUUUACAAGUCCUAGAAUGUGAACGUAAUCAAACCCUGGUACAGACAGCCUGGAAUUACAUGAACGACAGCCUCCGGACAAACGUGUUUGUUCGCUUCCAGCCGGAGACUAUCGCGUGUGCGUGCAUUUACCUCGCUGCUAGAGCCCUGCAGAUCCCGCUGCCUACCCGUCCCCACUGGUUCCUGCUCUUUGGCACCACAGAAGAGGAGAUUCAGGAGAUCUGCUUAACAACUCUGAAGCUUUAUACCAGGAAGAAGCCCAAUUAUGAAUUUCUGGAUAAAGAAGUAGAAAAGAGGAAAAUGGCCCUACAGGAAGCAAAACUGAAAGCAAAAGGUUUAAAUCCAGAUGGAACUCCAGCACUCUCAACACUGGGUGGCUUUUCUCCUGCAUCCAAACCAUCUUCCCCAAGAGAAGUAAAAGCUGAGGAGAAAUCUCCAGUGUCUGUGAAUACCAAAACCAUUAAAAAAGAGCCAGAAGAGAGGCAGCAAACCUCCAAGAGCCCUUACAACGGGCUGAGGAAGGAGAGCAAGAGGAGCCGCAGCAGCCGCAGCGCCAGCCGCUCCCGCUCCCGGACAAAGUCACGCUCGCGCUCCCACAGCCCCCGCAGGCACUACAACAACCGGCGGAGCCUGUCGGGCACCUACAGCUCCCGCUCGCGCAGCCGCUCACGCAGCCACAGCGGGAGCCCCCGGCGGCACCACAACCACGGCUCGCCCCACGCCAAGGCCAAGCACGGCCGCGAGGAGCUCAAGGGCAGCAGCAGACACGGCCACAAGCGGAAAAAGUCCCGCUCCCGCUCGCAGAGCAAGUCCCGGGAGCACUCGGAGGCGGCCAAGAAGCACCGGCACGAGCGCAGCCACCACCGGGAGCGGCGCGAGCGCUCGCGCUCCUUCGAGCGCUCCCACAAGGGCGGCAAGCACCAUGGCAGCGGCCGCUCGGGGCACGGCCGGCACCGCCGCUGAGCCCUGGGACUGCGGGGCUGGGCCAGCCCUGGCACCGGCACCGAGCCCUGGGACUGCGGGGUUGGGCCAGCCCUGGCACCGGCACCGAGCCCUGGGACUGCGGGGCUGGACCAGCUCCAGCACCAAACCCAUGGAUUGCAGGGCUGGGCCAGCCCUGGCACCGGCACUGAGCCCUGGGACUGCAGGGCUGGACCAGCUCCAGCACCGAGCCCUGGGACUCCAGGGCACCGCCCAGGCUGCAGCAGCUUCAACCCCAUCUGGUUUCCUAAAAGGUGUAGAAGAAUUUUUUUCUCGUGGGAAAGAAACUGUUACCAACUUUUGCACAUAAUACCUUAGCAGUAUCCCAGAGGUGGCAAACGAUCAGGUUCACUGUAUGUAUUAGAGCUGUGUAUUGUUUAUUGAGCUGAGAACUGGAGAAAGGAUUUCUGUAAAAAAGCAAAACGUACAUUAUUUUUAUACCAGUCAAUUGCAGACGCUUAUAUUUAAGUAUAGUUAUUUGUUUAAACAUGGUGGAGACUUUCUUACACUGGUUUUAGUCUGCAUGUGUUCAAAGAUUUUUACAAAAAAUAAAAUAUAAAGCUUUUUUUUUUUUUA